GGCACAGACUCCAUUCUUCUUCCAUAACAAGCUCUGAAAAGAAGAGAGAGAAGGUGGAUAGGGUGAUACAGAUUACAGAGUUUGUGUAUCCAUCUUCGUUCGUCGCUUGGCUUGUUCGCCUUCACUCUCCGACAUUCACAUCAUUCAUCAGAGACUGGAGCCUGCGAAGAAAAGAAUAAUUUAUGGAGGACGGCGCAGGAAGAGGUUUGGAAUGCCAGAAGACUAUGGAUGGGAAGGUGAGUAACAGUAAUGGGCCAGAGAAGGAAAUUCCUUCUUGUUGUCUGAAGGCCAAGGCUUCAAUCCCCGAGUCAGAGGCAAAAUUCCAUUCCACUGUUGUUUCUGGGUGGUUCUCAGCUUCUCAAACUUGCUCUGGGAAAUCUGGGAAAGCUGUUUAUUUCAACAACCCAAUGUGGCCAGGAGAAGCCCAUUCAAUCAAAGUAGAAAAGAUCUUAUACAAGGAAAAGUCGGAGUACCAGGAGGUCUUGGUUUUUGAGUCAUCAACUUAUGGGAAAGUGCUUGUACUUGAUGGAAUAGUUCAAUUGACUGAGAAGGAUGAAUGUGCUUACCAGGAGAUGAUAGCUCAUCUUCCCCUCUGUUCAAUUCAGUCCCCCAAAACUGUUUUAGUUGUUGGUGGUGGAGAUGGUGGUGUUCUCAGGGAAGUAGCCCGCCACAGCUCUGUUGAACAUAUUGAUAUUUGUGAGAUAGAUAAGAUGGUUAUUGAUGUUUCUAGGAAAUUUUUUCCACAGUUAGCUAUUGGGUUUGAAGAUUCUCGAGUACAUCUGCAUGUUGGUGAUGCUGUUGAAUUUCUUAAAUCUGCUUGUGAAGGGAAGUAUGAUGCCAUAAUUGUUGAUUCCUCAGAUCCCGUGGGUCCUGCCCAGGAACUUGUUGAGAAACCUUUUUUUGAUACAAUAGCUAGGGCACUAAGGCCUGGCGGAGUUCUUUGUAAUAUGGCAGAAAGUAUGUGGCUUCAUACACACCUUAUUCAAGAUAUGAUCUCUAUUUGCCGAGAAACAUUCAAAGGUUCUGUAUGUUAUGCUUGGGCCAGUGUACCAACAUAUCCUAGUGGUGUGAUAGGCUUUCUUCUCUGUGCAACAGAAGGGCCGCCUGUUGAUUUUGUGAAUCCUAUCAAUCCCAUUGAAAAGUUGGAAGGUGCUAAUGAGCACAAAAGAGAACUUCGAUUCUACAAUUCAGAGAUGCACUCAGCUGCUUUUGCGUUGCCUGCGUUCUUGAAGAGAGAAGUGAGUGUGCUCCGUGAUCUCUCCCUUCAGUAGCAAUGCAUGAUGAUUGCCUAUUGUAACCCCUAAAUAAGAAAUUUUGACGACAUGGUCAUUGACAAGUGUGGGAUAAAUAGGAAUCUGGUGUGAUUAAUUUUAGGUUUACCAAUUAUGUGUGUUGUGGAGUCUGAUUAGCUAGGUUAAUCUUAGUCGAUUUCAGAUGGCUUUCUCAUAUCUAGUUUACAAUGCUAUAUUAUUUAGGUUUUUUAAGCACAUACUCCUAAGACGCGCAUUAUCAAUUAUUAAAUAAUACAUGGAAAGAAUUUGCGAUGGGAAUGUAGGUUUUUAGAAAUUUGAUUUCAUAAUGAAACUUUCUCGGCAUGUA